CUGCCGCUACCCUGGACAUCAACGGCAAUGGCUGACAAGGAGAAGCGCCGGUCCGCGGCCCUUCCCCCGGGCAUGCCCGCGGGCGGGGCCGUCAGGUCGGACGGCGACAGGGACUUCCUGUUGCAGGCCGGGGUGGGGGACCUGCUCCGCGGGGCCAUCCUGAAGAUGGUGGAAGCCAGGUCGGACGAUCCGGUCGGCUUCCUCGCCGACCACUUCUGCAACCUGGCCUCGGUGACGGAGAGCGGCGGCACAGCUGGAUGCGGAGACGAGGAGCAGCUGUGCUCCGGGCCCGCGAGCGCGGGCGCGCGCGAGCAGCAGCGUCUCAACAGGGCGCUCUGGCACCUGCGCCUGGCGCACCACUCCCAGAGGUCAGCUUUCAGCAAUAAUGUGCGUGUGGCCUAUGACCUCCUGAACCUGACGGGGGCUCAGGAACGAGCAGGCGAGGGGCCCGAAAGCACGGAUGGCUCCUGUACUGCAGCUCCCACUGGAGGAGGAGGAGGAGGAGGAGGAGGAGGAGGAGGAGGGGGAGGAGGGGGAGUCAGAGGUGGUCUCUAUACGCAGACUUUGCAGUGCUUGUGCAGUGAAGGCGGAGUCCCGGCCUCCACCUCCGCCCCGCUGCUUCGACGCCUCCACUGCCAGAACCACGAGGCGGUCCCGUACGAUGUCUUCCGCCACGGAGUGCUCACCUGUGCUGUUUUCUCGGACUACAUCCGGCAGGCCCAGAGGCUUUACGCAGAGGUGUGCUGCCCGGACGAGGGGCCGGCCUCGCGGGCCCUGUGCCUGGCCGUGCUUGGAACCUUAAAGGAGGCCCUGGAGACGUCCCAGAGCUGCGAGGCAAACUGCUGCGCUAAUGCUAACACUACAGCUUAUCCCUGUCUGGAGGCAAAUGUGAAGGCGAUUCGCUACUUGGAGGCCAGUGCCAAAAUCUCCCCCAACAAGCUCGCACAGGCCAUCGCCGGAGCGCAGACACGGGGCCCCGGUGGCGACAUGGACGCAAAAGAAUUCGAAAACGCAGCUGCUGAGCUGUUCAUCACGCGAGUGAAAGUUGUUUCUUAG